UUGCAGCAUAUAAUUGUAAUUAUAAUAUAACAAGGGAAAGUUGCCCGCCAAAAUGUCAAACAUCAAACCUCAUUGAUGUUCCUUUUUAUUACCAACAAAACAGAAACAGCCAAUCCAAUGUUGAACUUUUUCUUCGUUUCCAAGUUUCCACAGCUUUUGCUAUGUCCUUUGGGGAUGGAUCAGGGACAAUGAAUCUCAAUAUUCGACACCCAUGACCUAACCAUGAGGGCUUGUUCUUCAAUAGUAACGUCAAAUCAUAAGUCUUGCUUCCCUAAUUUCCAUUAAUAUUUUAAUAUUAAGGGGAAACCUCAUUGAAACUUCUGCAUAAACCUGUUAUCCAUAUAUUAAAAUACUUGAAGUUUCUCCAUAGGAGUUGCUGUAGUUUCAUCCAUAGCUCCCUGAAAGAGGUGAACCCAACAUGGGGAAGAAGCUUCGAAAUAAAACGAAGAAACAACAAGAGAAGCAUGAUCCAGGGCAUGACAGAAGAAGAAACAAUUUUGAUCCCCAAACUUCAAAUACAAAAAGGGAUGCAAUUGAAGAAAGAGCUGCAAAUGAUUUAAUUAGCAUGUUACCGGAUGACCUGCUUCAACGCAUCAUUUCCUUACUCCCUUUGAGAGAUGCGGUGAGAACCGGUUUCCUCUCAACUAGAUGGAGAGGCCUUUGGAAAGCAGGACUUGAAACCCCAGAGAAAGAUGGAACUGUGGAUGAAAUUAGCCGGGAAAUUGGCUACUUAGUUGACUAUGCUCAUGAACUUGGUCUGUUAACUAGGGGUCAAGAAUUCAGCUCUAUUCUUGAUCUGAUAAAACAUUCUAGGAGGCUUCGUUUUAAUUUUGGGCAUUCUAGUUUCCUCCUAGCUACCAUUUGUCUAAUGGGACUCUUCAUCUGGAUUUCUACUCUAAGAAGUAUAAAUCUCCCAUUGAUUUUGAUUUGCUUUUGAAGGCUGAACAUUGGCCCAGGUGUUCCUGGGGGAACAUAUUUAAUAAUCCGUACUUUUUAACAGCUCCCCCUUCUAACUCUAUCAGGGCUCUCCAUUUAAUAGCAGUGACUAAUCUUACUAGUGAGGCAGUUUCUUCCAUACUCUCAAAAUUUCAUUUUCUUGAAAGCUUGAUAAUCAAAGAGUGCCAUGGAUUACAUUCUUUACGUGUUGAUGACCGUUCUUUCUUUUCACACUUGACGAUUUGGAACUGUCUCCAACUGAAGUCCCUUCAUUUUACACCUAUUGAAAUUAACAAAUUUCGGUUUCGUGGGCUCCUUCCGAGCUUUACUUAUGGAUCUUUUGGCCAUCGAUAUUUCCCAGACAUGGAAGAUGCCAUGCUUGAUUUUAGAGGAGGCCCAGGCUAUGAUUAUUUUACCGACAUGCAUUGGGACUCACUUAUAUCAGCCCUUAAAAGUGUUCGAAUUCUUACUCUAUGCAGGUGGACUUUUGAGGCAGUGAUCAGACAGCGGCCAAGACCAACCUGGCUAAGAGAUCCAACCUUUGAGUUCUAUAGAUUAGAAGAGUUACAGUGGAUCGACAAUGCAGUAGACAAACACAGCGUUGAUGCUCUCAUCUCCUUCCUGAAAAAAUGUCCUUCGUUGCAAAAACUAUACAUUAACAUUGACCCCACAAGUUACAGCGGCCCGAGAACAAGAUACUCAAUUCAAGAUUUUGAUUGCAAAAGAUUACAUUUUCUUGAAGUUGUUCAGUUGGGGGGCGUACUGAAAGCAUGUGACAUGAUGUUGCUGGCUGAUCGUUUACUUGAUGUGGCCACUAAGAGGACGAAGAUCAUAGCAAAAUCAAAUGAGAACCAGAUAUGGAAAUUGGAGGAGGUAUCUUUGCCUCAGCUGUGGCAAUCAUGUGGAGAUCAGAUGUUGGAAUUAUAUAGGGAUGGCAAAAUAGAGUCUCCCUUAUUUCUGGAAGGGAUGAAACGCUACAUGUUUGUGGAAGUAAAUGAAGAGGAGAGUGGCAAGCUAUGUUCCAAACAUGCUCAUGAUGACUUGUAAAUGUAUCUUUUGUCCCAAACUAUUCUUGUGUUAGAAACCAAUUUCAGUGCAACAUUUUGGUUAUAUUUAUAAAGAAAUGAAUACGUGAACUUAUGAUUGGGAUGGGAUAUAAAGAAACAAAGUUCAUCCCAUUGGGCCCCUCUAAAUUUUGAUCACCAACGACAAAUGAAGGUCUAGUUUUUAUCAAAUGUCAAACGAUGUUUCUUGCUCCCAUAAUUUUGAGCCAUGUUACCUUUGCAGUCUCAGAAUUUGUUUUUCUUUUCCCUUUUUCACUACCCUCCAAUACAUGAGCAGCAUAUGUACUAAAUGGUGGAAGUCACAACCAUGGAAGACGUGCAGUUUCUUCUCAUUAGUAAAAGAGCUGAGACCAGCACGAGGAAGAACGGAAACAAGAAGAAAAAUUAACACAGAAGGAAUAUGUAUGAUUCUGAUACUACAAAAGCUGAAAAGCAGAUGCCAUGCUUGACUUUAGAGGGGACCCAAGCUACUGUGUCUUUCAGUACAUGGAUCUGGAUUCAGUAUUAUCAUC